GGCGGAUCAUCAUCUCAUGUGAGCUUGACAAGCGAACCUAAACAACCAACGGAUACAAAUCAUGGAUUUACUAUGUAUCUGAACCUAAUUAGCUGAUAUAUAAUGCUAUUAUCGCAACAUCCCCGACCAUGAGACCCUUGAUCCAGCGCCGGCUUAUACACGCUGCCCCGGCCCUCCGCCAUGAAAACCCGCUUGGCCUCCCGACCAAGGGCAACAUCCCCCGCUUCCAGCGCGGCCUCCCGCAAAAGCGGCCCAUCCAAGGCGUCUCGCACAUCAUCGCCGUCUCCUCGGCCAAGGGCGGCGUCGGCAAGAGCACGAUCGCGGCCAACCUCGCGCUCGCCUUCGCGCGCCUGGGCCUGCGCGCGGGGAUCCUCGACACCGACAUCUUCGGGCCGUCGAUCCCGACGCUGUUCGACCUGGCCGCGGCCGGCCCGCCGCGGCUGACGCCGCACAACCAGCUGCUCCCGCUGACCAACUACGGCGUCAAGACCAUGUCGCUCGGCUACCUCGCCGCGGACGAGGCCGCGCCCGUGGUCUGGCGCGGGCCGAUGCUGCUCAAGGCUGUGCAGCAGCUGCUGCACGAGGUGGACUGGCGCGCCGCCGGCGGCGCCGACGUGCUGGUGCUGGACCUGCCGCCGGGAACCGGCGACGUGCAGCUGAGCAUCGCCCAGCAGGUGCCCGUCGACGGCGCCGUCGUCGUCAGCACCCCGCACGUGCUGGCCGUCAAGGACGCCGUCAAGGGCGUCGGCAUGUUCGCCAAGGUCGGCGUGCCCGUGCUCGGCCUGGUGCAGAACAUGGCCGUGUUCCGCUGCCCGGCCUGCGGCGGCGAGACCGCCGUCUUCGGCGGCAGCGAGGGCGUCAGGCGGAUGUGCGAGGAGCACGGGAUCGAGCUGCUCGGCGAUGUGCCGCUGCACCCGAACAUCGGGGAGGACGGGAGCAGGGGGAAGCCGACGGUCGUGGCCGAGCCCGAGUCCGAGAGGGCCCGCGUGUUUAUGGAUGUUGCGAGGAAGUUGGCGGCCAAGGUUGGCCUGGAAGUUAGCUAGUCGAGGUCUGUGUCUGAACGGGCGACAGAAGGGCACCUUGACUCUGGUUGAGACUUGUAUCUCUCAUGUAUCAUCAUAAACUGUACACUA